CCUGAUUUCAAAAAUUUAUGCAAGCAUCUCCAACAGAUUACAGGUUAGUUUAAAACUUUUUCGUAACAAUUGUUUCGAUUUCUUUUGUUUGACAGGUACUGAUAGAGGUUCAUUUGCAGGAUUUCGUGCCUGUAAAUGUUUAAAUAAUUCCUACCGAUUGAAUUUGUUUGGGGUUUGCUCACCAUGCGGAACAUUCGGACUAAAAUGUCAGGAUGAGUUUGCGAAUCUUUCAGUUGGCUAUUGGUGGCACUGGAAAGAUAAGACACACUUAGAACUGUACAGAAACUUCAGUAAAAACGUAAAGAAUUUCUCCUUUACUCCUGAAUUACACAAAGGAAAUGACUCCGGCAUUGGAUACCCGUACACACUUCCUCAACCGCACAGAUGUCUCAUGGCAGAUGUUUGUAAGGGAGGUUUGAAUUCUUCAUGUGAGGCUGGUUAUAAAGGACCAUUAUGUGCAGUUUGUAGUGAUGGAUAUUAUAAACAACUGACGAAAUGUAAGCUGUGCCCAACAAAAAAAUGGAUGAUCGGACAGUGUGCAAUUAUUGGGGCAUUAGUUAUGAUACUGGUUAUACUUGUGGUGUGGAGAAGCAAGAAAAAGUGCAAAAAGGACGCUGGACGAUCUUUCCUUGACGAGGUCCUCGGAAGGAUUAAAGUUAUUAUUGGCUUUUAUCAGGUGACGUUUGGUAUCAUGGAGGCGUUUUCAUACAUAAAAUGGCCUGAAAGUCUUAAUGUUAUUGGACAGUUUUCCCAGGUAAUGCAGAUAAACAUCCUUCAGAUAGCUCCCCCCCACUGCAUCCUUCCUGGCUUGGGAGUCGACGCAUUGGGAAGUUUGCUUGCAACUAUGGGGUUGAACAUUGCAGCAGUCAUCAUCGCCCUUACUGGCCUUGCCCUUGCCUUCUGGACAUCGACACGACAUAUGUUGAAUGAAGAGGAAAAAACGAAGAAAAAAGAACGUAUUAAAGGGGUCGUAAAGAGAAGUCUGUUUUUCUUUCUUUACGUGACCUAUCUGAACACUUGCCUAAAAACUGUUCAAGUCUUGCCUCUUACCUGCCAUAAAAUCUGCGUUGACCAAAAAGAUGAAAGCUGCGUUGAGUACCUAAAGGCCGACUACAGCAUUGACUGCAAAGGAGAGAGGUACAAACGAUUAGUCAUCGUGGGAUACUGUUCCAUUGUGUAUGUGAUUUUUCUGCCUGCUGCCGCUUUUAUAGCAAUUUGGAAACGACAGAGAGCGGCGAGGGAAGCUGAGGACGAAACAACAGACGACACAAAUGAUUUUAAAGGCCAAGGCACCAUGGAAACGGGAUUGCGAUUCUUACACGAAAGCUACACCUCUCGUUGUUGGUAUUGGGAACUGGUAGAGACAUGUCGAAAGGUUAUUUUGACAUCUGGAUUGAUCCUUUUGGAUAGCGAGAACAGAGGUUACAUUGGGCUAGCAUUACUUUCGUCCGGAUUCUAUGGGAUAUAUUUCGCGCUAAAAAGGCCAAUAAAUGAUCCAUUCGAAAACAAGCUUAUGCUGUCUUCACUUGCCGUUACGUUCGUAAACCUUGCAAUAGGAGCCGUGAGCACAAUUCCGAGUGAGGGUUUUGGGACAUCGGUCGACCCAAUAGUGGAUAAUCUAAUGUUCAAUAUCUUGGUCAUUGUUGCCAACUCCUUGGUUAUUGGACUCCUUGUCGGUAAGUUAACACUAACAUGCAUUCUAUUUGUCUGUCACAAAUCCUCUUACAUUUUACUGGCGGGUUCAUACCUUAACUGGGGCACAAUGAUUUGCUUGGUGAAAGUUCUUGCAAUGAAAGAUACAUAGAUUACUUCAUAAUUAAAUGAGUGCUCACGAUUCUUAAUCAAGAGUCAGUAUAGAGCGAACCAUAACAAGAAAGUUAUUUGGUUAUUAAAUGAGUAAGAAGUUAUAAUGAAAGUUCUUUUUUUUUUUUACUUUCAAUCAAAACCAAAUCAAAGACGACGGAACGGUCUUCUUAGAUCAGGCCUCUAUGUUCUGCGAUUUACUGGCAAGUGCGGGGAUAACUAGCUUGUUCAAUACGAGGUUACAGGAGAUUGCCAUUUUCAUGUUUAAAAUUAAGAAUAAAUUAUUACCGACAAAUAGAUUGGAACUCUUGCCUCGUUCACAGGCAGAUUAUCAUGCACCAAGAGUAAGAACUUUUACGUACGGAAAACACUGACUUAGGUUUUUCGGACCCUUCUUAUGGUCAAAGUUAAGUAUGAGCGGUAGAAAUGAGAUAUCCCGAAAGAAAAUCAAAGAAAGUAUAAGAAAAAAGGACUUGGAGGAGGGGGGGCGGGGGGGGCUUAAAUCAAGGGAAAACAUGUAAGGGAAACCGUCAUCUCUCAAGCGCGCACCUGGGGUCAUUUUAAUUAUUUACCACGAACUAGCACAAAGUAUUUCAGAAGACAAAAAUGAAUCCUGAAAAAUUUAUCUACUAUUAUUAGUGUGGGGUCAAACCUGAGUCCACGUAAAUUUUUUCAUAACAUUUCAUAAAUCAUUUUAAGAAAGAAAAAUCUGGAUAAAACACAUGGAACUCAUCGCUUUAGAGACGAGAAGAAAACUGGGACGGAUUAACUUUCGCAAAGACUUCUGGGACUGUUUCCAGGGACAGAGAAAAAAAAAUUGGCCAAUAGCUGACUAGUGCCAGGAAAAAAUUGCUGAAAACAUUUCUCCUCCAGUUCCCUUCUCCUUUCUAAAGUAGUGAAUUAAAAGAAAACCUGACUUUACAUCAACCUUCUUUGGCUUCUUGAGAUAACCAGGAAGGUGGUUACCGAGCCUUUAAGCUACACUUGCUGUCUUGAGCGCUGGACCGUUGUUUCGGCUUGUUACAAGACUACUGAAAAGCGGUAUUCUUACAGAAAAUAGGUUGGAAAACAGGUCUUCAGGUCUUUCCUCUGUUGAACCUAUAAAGGCCACGUUGUAAUGUGAAAGAGUUUGUAAUUUGUUGCAGUGCAGUAUCUGGCGUAUAUUUACCACUACGUAAAAGAAUGGCGCAAGAAUCCAAAGUGCUCAUUAUCCUGCUUUCUGGCCUUGCUAUUGCCCCUUAAUCAACUACAAGGAGAAAUACGUGGAUUAGCUGAGAGGAACAUACUGAAUCAGCAACUACAAACUGGUAGAAUGGAGAUUCCAUCGAUUGUUAGCACUUUAAAGGAGAGUGGGGCAGUUGAUAUUACUCUUGAAGAGCACAAUGCAGAAGGCGAACAAGAAGAAGAAACAGAAAACGAGAUAAGUAUGAUUGAACAGGGCCUUCUUACACUCGCUAAAGUCAGUGUUCAUGAGCUUCCAAGGGGAACUUAUGCUCUUGAAGAGCUCAAUGCGGAAUGCGAACAAGAAGAAGAAACAGAAAACGAGAUAAGUAUGAUUGAACAGGGCCUUCUUACACUCGCUAAAGUAAGUGUUCAUGAGCUUCCAAGGGGAACUUAUGCUCUUGAGGAGCUCAAUGCAGAACUCGAACAAGAAGAAGAAACCGAAAACGAGGUAAGUACGACUGAACAGGGCCUUCUUACACUCGCUGAAGUCAGUGUUCAUGAGCCUCCAAUGGUAAUUUAUGAAACCACAGUCUAA